AUGGGGUUAAAGUACCUGGAGGGUCGUCACCCUGAAAAUGCAAAAGAGUUGUUCAAUCUUUGUCAUGCUUAUUUGAGGAAUGCUAUUGAGAGGAUAUUUGGUAUAUUUAAAUCGCGGUUCAAAGUAUUCAAAAUAGCUCCGCCAUUUCCAUAUACAACACAAGCAGAGCUUGUAUUGGCUUAUGCCGGAUUGCACAAUUUUCUUCGCAAGGAGUGUCAUUCUGAUGAAUUUUCAAUCGAACUAGAUAAUGAAGUCUCAUCAUCUUCAUCAGAACAAGUUUAUGAAGAUGACAACUUUGAUCAAUUAUUUACUCAAGAACAACAACGAGCGAAUGCUAACUCAUGGAGAGAGAGUAUAGCCAAUCAAAUAUGGAGUGAUAUUGAUCAUGCUGUCAAUAACAAUUAG